AUGGGUCAGGCUUCUUCGCUGUUCAAGAAAUCCAGACGGAAGGUAGUCGUCGAACGCAAAUCGACGACGGACACCAGCGAUUCAUAUUUAGCCAAACCUAGCGGUCCUUGCUGUCUGAAAGGUACCAUUCAUAAAGGCGAGGCCCGGGGAAGAUGGGAGACCAUCACUGGUGUCGAGACAUAUAUUUCAGAGCCCCCUCAAGACAAAGCAAAUGGCCACGUGCUUUUGUACUUUCCUGACGUUUGGGGAAUGUUCCCGAAUGGGUUCCUCGUCAUGGAUGCUUUUGCCGAUGCAGGCUAUCUUGUUCUAGGCCUGGAUUACUUCUGCGGUGAUCCAGUCUGGAAGCAUCGGAAAAACCGGCAUGAUAACAGUAAUCCAGACUUCGACUAUGAGGCCUGGAAGGUCAAACACACCACGUUUGCUGAUAAAGCUGUGCCGAACUGGGUAAAAGUAGUCAAAGAGCGCUAUGGUGGUGGCAAUACGAAAUUUGCCUGCGUUGGAUAUUGUUUCGGUGCCCCUUACGUAUGUGAUGAACUUGCCAAAGAUACAGUUACCGUUGGCGCUUUUGCCCACCCUGCCUUCCUUAAGGAGCAUCAUUUUGAGAAUAUUCAAAGCAAGUCACCCCCCAAAACGCUGAAGUUAGCUCAAUAUUAA